UCUUACAAAUUCCAUACUCUCUCUCUCUCGUGAUGACAGAAGUCGGUGCAGUAUUCGAUCCCAAGGACAUUAUUUAACUGUAAGCAAUUAGUCUAUUCUUUAUUUUGACCCUUAAUUCAUCAGAGCCGUGACCCUGAGUCUCUCGGUCAUGGCUUUCUUCAUUCUGAAGUGUUUCCUACUACUACUCACCUCAAUUAUCUUCUCAAAAUGUGCUGUCCACCCUCCUUCUUCCACAACUACUCUUGAUUUCCAUCUCUCUUCUAUGAGAUCCAUAUGCAAGUCCACACCAUAUCCACACGUUUGUUUUGACUCACUGAAGCUCUCCAUCUCCAUCAAUAUCAAUCCCAACCUCAUCACCUAUCUCCUUCAAACCCUUCAAACUGCCUUGCUUGAAGCUGGAAAGCUCACGGAUUUGUUGUCGAAUGUUGAACACUCAAAUCUUAUCGAGAGACAAAAGGGAACAAUCCAAGACUGCAAGGAGCUUCACCAGAUAACAGUCUAUUCCAUAAAGAAAACCAUGUCUCGAAUCAGUGCAGGAGCAGCUAACUCCCAAAAAUUAGCCGACGCCAAGGCCUUUCUGAGUGCUGCUCUCACUAACAAGAACACCUGCUUAGAAGGCCUGGAUUCAGCGUCAGGUCCAUUGAAGCCAGCCCUUGUGAAUUCCAUAACUAGUACAUAUAAGCACGUUAGCAAUUCUCUUUCCAUGCUCUCUAAGUCAGGCGCAGGGGUACCAAAAGGCCAUAAGAACCGUCGUCUCAUGGGUGCUCCAAAGUGGCUGUCUAGGAAGAAUCGUCGGAUUUUGCAGAGCUCCGGAGAUGAGUAUGGCCCGAGUGAGGUGUUCACAGUGGCUGCAGAUGGAACUGGGAAUUUUACAACCAUCACCGAGGCUAUUAAUUCUGCUCCAAACAACAGUGUCGAUAGGGUUAUUAUCUACAUCAAAGAAGGGGUGUACGACGAGACUGUGGACAUUCCAAGAGAUAAGCCUAACAUUGUUCUGCUUGGAGACGGAGCUGAUACCACUGUGAUUACCGGUAACAGAAGCGUGAAUGAUGGCUGGACUACUUUCAGAUCUGCCACUCUUGCGGUCUCCGGUGACGGCUUCUUGGCACGUGACAUAACAUUUGAGAACAGGGCUGGACCAGAGAAGCACCAAGCGGUUGCCCUUCGCAUUAGUGCUGACUUAGCUGCAUUGUACAGGUGCACUAUGGUUGGUUACCAAGAUACGUUGUAUGUUCACUCCUUUAGACAAUUUUACAGAGAAUGUGACAUUUAUGGGACCAUAGACUACAUAUUUGGAAACGCAGCUGUGGUGUUUCAGGCAUGCAACAUUACAUCAAGAAUGCCGAUGCCUGGCCAAUUCACCGUCAUUACAGCACAGUCCCGAGACACCCCGGAUGAGGAAACAGGGAUCUCCAUACAGAACUGUUCCAUUUUGGCUACACAAGACUUGUACUCUAACUCCAGCACUACUACUGCUGUCAAGAGCUAUCUCGGGAGGCCGUGGAGGGUUUAUUCUCGGACGGUCUACAUCGAAUCCUACAUCGAUGAUUUCAUUGCCCAACAAGGGUGGACAGAGUGGUCUGGUAAUCAAGGCUUAGACACCUUAUAUUAUGGGGAGUAUGACAAUAGUGGACCUGGUUCGGGGACGGACAAUCGAGUUUCUUGGCAAGGGUAUCAUGCAAUGACUUACGACGAAGCUUCUAACUUCACCGUGUCGGAGUUUAUUACAGGAGACGAGUGGCUGGAUUCUACAUCCUUCCCUUAUGAUGAUGGCGUUUAAUUUUGUAGGGACCGAUCAGGAACUUGUUUUAAUUUCCAGAUAUGCAUAACUUCUAUGCUUCUACGUAGCUAAUAAUAUAUACUCAUCACUGCUAUGAGCCAGGCAAAACUCUACUUACAAAUUAUUUUGAAGAA